AUCAUAUUUAACACAAUUAUUGUUAUUAUUAUCUCAAUAAAGGAGUAAUUGGUUUGUUAUUACAUUUAUUCACAUUAUAUUAAUACAUAAAUUAAUGUAUUGAUUGUAAAGUGAAAUGUCAACAAAUGACAUGAAUGAAGAUAUGAUUGGCGUGAGACCUCGAGGUCUCAAUAGUCUUAAGCAAUACACCACUAAUAGUGACCAACAGAUGACCAGUCCAUCCAUUUGCGAUCCUUUCGAUAUAAACAGCUCUGAAUUCAAUUGUGAUCUCUAUUUGAAUAAAUUGUUAAAGGAGAGCACAUUAUCUGAAUUGAUGGAAACUGAACAAGGUCUCUACAAACAGAUCCAGUCAUUGGACAGUGAGAUGCAGACAUUGGUCUAUGAGAACUACAAUAAGUUCAUCAGCGCUACAGAAACCAUACAAAAAAUGAGUUCACACUUCGAUAAAAUGGAAGAAGAGUUGACUCUAUUGUCAACAAAUAUGGAGGGAAUCACCAGAAGUAGUGAACAGAUAUCAGACAAUUUGAAGGGCAGAAGACAUGACUUAUCAAAGUUGGCGAACACUCACGAAGUGCUGACAAAACUUCAAUUCCUGUUUGAAUUGUCACCAAAAAUGCGCGAAUCUAUUGAACAAAACCAAUACAACGAAGCCGUGAAAUACUACUUGAGAGCUGAGAGGACUUUAGGCCAGUAUUUGCACUUCCCUUCCAUUUCAGCCAUCAAUGAGGAAUGUCUUCAGAUUGUCGCUCAACUCAAACAAAAGCUAUACCAACAGCUCUCCAACAGAGAGGCAUCUCCCAAUCAAUUGAACGAAAGCAUAGAACUGUUACUCAAAUUGAAGGAACCGACAGAAAAACUGUGUGAAGAAUACCUAUCGAUGGCUGACAAGAGACUUGAAAGCAAUUUUUCUGAAUUAUAUUAUCAAAACGAUUUGGCCAACAAAUCACUGAAUUCCACUUCAGAUGAAUCUCAAUCAUUAGUGGACAUUCUUGAAUACAUAGACAUUGCGUGCAAUGGAUUUCUGAGCAAUUUAUCGCUUUCUAUAACAUUCUUUUCGGAUAUUUUUCUGCAAAAGUCUUUCAGUAAAGCAUCAAAUGUUGAAUCAAAUGAUAGGAUAAGGAAAACACUGCAAGAAUUUGUUGAUAAAAAUAUGAAUAAAUUUUUUGAUACAAUACUGACACGCGUUCAGUCGGAAAAGAAGUCCAUAAACGACACGAUUUUGUUUGUCAGAGCUCUCGAUAGGCUUUAUAAACGACUGUUAAGUCUGAACCGAACGUAUGAAUUGAAUGACUUCUCAGUGAAAGCCAUGCAAAUCGUAGAGAAGGCCAGUGAAGACCAGUGCCAACACUUCUUAAGUUAUCUUAAGAACAGAUAUCAAGAAGAGUUGACAAAUAUAAGACAUUCCAUUCUAAGCACAUCAUCACAAGCGGUGUCCACAUCGAGGUCAUCACAGACUACAUCCCCGGCAGUCAUUGUUGAGAAGCAAACGUUAACUGAUUUGCUCAUAACAUUGCAGACAUCCAUCAGUGAACUAAUCAAAUCGGUUGUGGCGGCACUCAUGCCAUUCACAGACCCUGAAGUGACAUUUACAGGCAAAACACAAUUCCAGCAAAAAUUUAGUAUUCAAUUUGUUCGCGAAGUGGUUGUCAUCGGUUUUAUAAGACAUAUCCUUUCGGUUUCAUUGGAUUACGAAAAGAAUUAUUCGACGGCGACGUCCCCUCCCUCUCAGCUUAUAUUACUUUUGUCUCGACUUUGUCUAGAUUUCGACACUUCUAUUAUCGGAUAUCUAUUAUCUUUCACUGAAGAACAGUUCAAUAUAUACAGCAAUAAUAGUGAUCCCAAAAUCACUUCACUAUCAGAGCUGUGCAAAGAGGCUCACUCGACGGCCCAACACUUACUCAACCAUUUCGUACGAUUAGAGGGCCAUAACAUCUCACAAAUGAUUAGGAAGAGUGUGGAGACCAGAGACUGGUUGAGUUCAGUGGAGCCCCGAUCUGUUCGCUCAGUCAUGAAGAGAGUGAUCGAAGACAUCGCACAAAUCGAUGCACAGGUCGGGCAGCUCUACGAAGAGGGACUCCGACUCGAGCGCAGCUCUGAUUCCAGUAAAAGUCGGCGUACUUUUAGCGCUAUAGGACUGGGAGGAAGGCAUUCGGCAAACAAGUCAUCCAAUUGGAGCGCUUAUGGCCCCAGCACUUUCGACAACAGUUUGAUGUCAAACAUUCAAAAACUCUUCACUGAAAAGAUUGAAAUCUUUAGUUGCGUUGAGUUCUCUCGACUCUCAGCUCUGACGGGAAUUAUUAAAAUCGGACUUAAAACUUUGAUAGAAUGCGUGCGAUUGUGUACAUUCAGUCGGUAUGGCUUACAACAAAUGCAAGUCGACUCCUAUUAUCUACAAACACACGUCUGGGCCUAUGCUUCCGAUGAGAAGUACUUUCAUAUCAUUUGA